GGCGGAGAAAAGGGCGUGUUUACGCUUUGUUUAUACUUGUACGUCACUGGACUCACUCAGCGUCAAAACGUAACCACGGCAUCCUCGGGUUUAUCACUUGCACACACUCUCGCCGGGAAACAAGGUAAUAAAACAGUCUGAGGAUAUCAACUUCUUUCCAGAAGACGGAUGCAUCUGACAGAGGGCUGGGGCAGUGCUUUCGCAGGAGGGGGAGGAGCGACCGGUGCUGUACAUUAGUUAUAAGCUCUUGCUGAGAGAGACCAAGUACAGCACAGUGGAGAAGGAGUGUCUGGUGAUUAAGUGGAUUAACUGUCCUCACUCUCCGCUACUACCUGCUGGGGCGGGCCUUCACCCUCUGUUCUGAUCAUGCCCCACUCCAGUGGCUCCACCGCAUGAAGGAUACCAAUGCGCGGAUCACCCGUUGGUACCUGCACUUCAGCCGUUCAAAUUUGAGGUAUUUGAGGAAGGGAGUGUUACUAGAAACUAUCACAACAACCCAGAACCUCACCAGCUUUGUUACCUCUUCAGUACCACAUUCUGUAUUUAACCAUGGUGGACAAAAUUGCCUCUUUCGGACAUGCGCUACUUCGCCGCCGUGUGCUGGAUUGCUCUGGGGAGGAAACACGCUUUGCUCGCUGCCUGUCCACUCUGGAUCUAGUGGCACUCGGUGUGGGCUCUACACUUGGAGCUGGAGUGUAUGUUCUAGCCGGGGAGGUUGCAAGAGAGAAGGCCGGUCCUGCUAUUGUCUUAUGUUUCCUCGUGGCCGCACUCUCCUCCAUGCUGGCUGGACUUUGCUAUGCAGAGUUUGGAGCCCGAGUGCCUAAGACAGGGUCAGCGUACAUGUACAGCUAUGUAACAGUGGGAGAGAUCUGGGCCUUCAUAACUGGUUGGAACCUCAUUCUCUCAUAUGUGAUAGGUACAGCUAGUGUGGCACGAGCUUGGAGCUCCACUUUUGAUAAUUUGAUUGAGCAGAAGAUCUCUAGCUUCUUCAAGGCAUCCAUGGCUAUGAAGGUUCCUGGGAAGGUUCUUGCCGAAUAUCCAGACCUGUUUGCCCUCAUUCUCAUCCUUCUACUGACUGGACUACUUGCUUUUGGUGCAAGUGAGUCUGCUUUGGUCAACAAGAUCUUCACUGGGAUCAACCUGGUAGUUUUGGGCUUUGUCAUCAUAUCUGGCUUUGUCAAGGGCAAUACAGCAAACUGGAACCUCACAUACCAGGACUUCAUCAAUGAUACCAAUAUCACCGAACCAGAACAGGUAGAAAGCACAUUUGGAAGUGGCGGUUUUGCUCCGUUUGGCAUCGGAGGAAUCUUGUCUGGGGCUGCCACCUGUUUCUACGCCUUUGUGGGCUUCGAUUGCAUUGCUACAACAAGUGAAGAAGCCAAAAACCCAAUGCGUUCCAUCCCUGUGGGCAUCGUGGCCUCUCUGCUCAUUUGCUUCUUUGCUUACUUUGGAGUGUCAGCUGCUCUUACACUCAUGAUGCCCUACUACAAUCUCAACACCCAGAGUCCAUUGCCUGAGGCCUUCAGUUACGUGGGCUGGGCGCCAGCACGCUAUAUUGUAGCAGUUGGUUCACUCUGCGCCCUCUCUACAAGUCUGCUGGGCUCCAUGUUCCCCAUGCCUCGAGUGAUUUACGCUAUGGCAGAGGAUGGACUGCUCUUCCGUUCGCUUUCCAGGAUGAACAAGAGAACCAAAACUCCAUUGUUGGCGACUGUUGUGUCUGGAAUAGUGGCAGCUCUCAUGGCUUUUCUCUUUGAUUUGGCUGCAUUGGUUGACCUCAUGUCCAUUGGGACAUUGUUGGCUUACUCUCUGGUGGCUGUGUGUGUUCUCAUCCUCAGAUAUCAGCCAGGCAACCUGAGCUCUUCCAGUCAGACUGAGAAACUGGUAGAACUAGUCGGUGGGGAGAAAGUGGCGGUAUGUGGAGACAGUGGCGAUGAAUACGGCAUAGAGAUGGACGACACUCCCCGCAAAGAGAAGUUCUCCCUGAAACUCCUUCUGGUUCCCUCUAAGGACUCGCCGACCGAAACAUCUGGCAAUAUUGUCUAUGCUACAACUGCUGUCAUCUCUGUGCUGAUAACCGUGUUAUGCGUGGUCUUGGCUGUACGUCUGGAGGCCAUCAUGAAUGGCGAGAUUGUGUGGGUGAUGGUGUGUGUCAUUCUGGCUGUGCUGUGCUUCUUGUGCAUCAUUGUGAUCUUCAGACAGCCUGAGAGCAAGGAAGCUCUCACCUUCAAGGUGCCUCUGUUGCCUUGGCUGCCUCUGUUCAGUAUUUUUGUCAACAUCUAUCUCAUGAUGCAGCUGGACAUUGCCACCUGGUGUCGAUUCACAGUGUGGAUGGGCAUCGGUUUUGCAAUCUACUUCGGCUAUGGUAUCCGGAACAGCACAGAGGCCAAGAACAGCUCCACCCGAAAAUAUGAGCCACCCCUUCAGAGCAAAAGCCCUAUCUAUCUUGGUGGAGAUGAGAGUGAGCUGGAAGGGAUUUCUCCCUGAUAACAAGACAGACGGGCUAGCCUAGUUAGUCUUCCUGUACUACAUAUAUCCGUUGAAGUCUGCAGAUUUAAUGUAAAAGUAACUCUUACUCAUUUACUGCCCCCCUAACCAGUGUUGUAGUACUCGAGAUAUGUCUUGGUCUCAAGACCACUUUUUGAAGGUCUCAUCUCGGAAUCGACCGCAUUUUUACUCGGCCUUGUCUCGGUCUCAGACAAAGAGGACUCGGGAUUUUAUUUCAAGACCGGUCAAGACCACAACUGCGGGGAUAUCACUAAAUUGCCUGUGCAUUGUCUGAUUUAUUUGUUAACAUCAUUACUGUGAUUGGAUGUAAAACUUCCUGCUUCAAAUACGAGCAAUAACUUGACUCAUUUCUAAUUUGAAAUUUUUGUUACUGUUAACGGCUGUCACCCCUCCCCGCCCCCGUGCACACGCACUCUAAGAAAGUGAAUGCGGGGAGACAGGAGAAGAAACUGUGGCUGUCUGAGAGAUGUCAGACAAAUCUUCUGUAAUACAAUUUGGCUACCUAAACCAGUGUUUCCCAACCACUGUGCCCACUAGUGUGCCAUGAAAGAUUGUCAGGUGUGCCAUGGAAAAUUAUCAAGUUCCUCAAAAAAAAUUAAAAACGUUUUUCCCCGGUAUUUUAGUGAAGGCAUAGAGGCGGUGGAAGAGUUUUAAAAUUGCCAAUUCAGUAUAUUUUCCAUUACAAAGUAUUUUAUGCAACCAGUUUAAAUAUUUUGUCCAUCAUAACAUUAUUGUUCUAACAAACUCUAGUCCGCUGUCAAAUGCAACUCCUCACAUGCCCACAAAAUGAUGCUUCAUCAUCACACUUGUCAGUGAACCGAAAGCAAUACAACAGGUGCAUUGUUUUACUCACAGACUAAAAGCUGUUUAUUUGUGCACAGUAUAGAGUUACAGAUGUUAUGAACAGAUGUGGCUACUUGUCGUGUUUCUCUCAUGAAACAUAAAAAGAAUAUGAGAAACUGUUAAAUAAGAUUACUAAAAGCAAAUUCUCCUGUUUUAAACAAGUCCAAAUACACUGUGAUACAAUUUGUAGAUUCAGAGGUACUGUAAUCUUCAUGGAGCGCGUUUGACAUCUGAACCAGUGAAUGGUGGCCGGGCGGCUGCUCUCGGGUCCUAGUGCCUGCCGGAUCCAACCUCUGUCAGUGCGACUUAUGUGUUUUUUUCUCUCUCUAUCAACAACACGAUUUUGACCCAGUGCGACUUAUAGUCAGGUGCGACUUUAUUUCCGGAAAAUACAGUAAAUAAAUAAAAAUAAUACAUUUAUUGUAGAGUUGCUGUGCCGUCGCAAGAAUUAAUUUGCAAGAACAAAUAUACAAAUUGGAAAAUGUUUUUCAUUAUCCAAUUAGCGCUCUUGGCAUCUGUGACCUCAUUAUACAGCGCCCCUAUGUUACUUGCGUUUUUUGCCAAAUUUCAAACAUUAUGAGUUCACGCUACUAAGACAUGGACAAGUUCUUGAAAAGGAAAACUAUCGACGAUGGUUAUGUGGGAUAGUAGUGUGCCAUGGGAUUUUUUUUUAAUCGUAAAAAGUGUGCCAUGGCAGAAAAAAGGUUGGGAAACACUGACCUAAACCACAAAGAGUUCCAUCUGCAAAAAAGCAUCCAAAAGAAAACACAGCAGUAUGUAAAUUCUGCAAUGCAAUGCUUACCAAGACGGCUGGGACCACAUCAAAUUUUAUUGGCACUUAGAAAGGAAACAUAAAGAAAAAUAAGCUAAGUGUAAGUGAUGCUAGCAAAGCUAGCUAGCUAACGUUAGCAGUCUGCCUCUUGCUGCGUUCCAUUCAACUCGGAAAGUCAGAUUUUCCAACUUCCUACUGGGAAAAGUGCAAUGGAACACCACUUGAAGUCGUACGAAAUUUUUAAACUCUGAUUUCGCUGAGAUGUAGGUGCGUGAUGUCAAACAAUCUUGUCGGCACCCAGAAAGAUGUACAAAAUAAGUGAUAAACAUUCACUUUUAUUAAAUAAUAUCGAUAAAUGAGUCAAAGUUCCUACUUUACAUGAUAUUAAAGCUUGUUUAACAAAUGUUAGCAGAGUAGCAGGUGUUCAAAACAUGGUAAAUUAUACUCUCUUUUGAUAAUCGUACACCUGUAGCACAAAUGCUAGUGUUGCAGAUUGUUUAUCAAUUGGGUUGAUAGGAGACAUCUCUGGUGACAGUCAAACACCUGCGAAGCUAACGGGAGUGUUGCAGUUUUGUUUCCUUCAACGUCACCUUCCGAGCAUCUGGCAUUGGAAUGCCUUUAGUCAGUGAUCGGUGAUAUCAAGUGGAAUAUCCCACAUCUGAUUUGAAUGGAACGCAGCAUUUGUACCUAAACUCAUCUUCACCCCUCACCCAAAGAAAUUUAGCGAGUAAUAGCUAUACACAUUAGCUACAUAAUGUAUUUACUCUUUUUUUUAGGGUGCUAGUUUCAGUUGCUUGCCAGCUAUUUGCCACCUAGCUAGGUGCGCAAGCUACCUAAUUUAGUUAACAUAUAUUGAGGACUGUAGCUAAUGCAGUGUUAACUUUGUGAGAGAUUGAGGGGACAGAGCAUGUAGUGACAAAUUGUUGUUCCCAAGUUAAGUUUUUGCUUGUGAUAAGCAAUGACGAGACAGGCCACAUAAAGCUAUGUAGCUAAUGUCUAUAAAGUUAUGUUACAUCAACGUUAGCAAAUGUUAGCUCCGACAUAAACGCUUCACACCGCGGUAAAGCUCCGUCACUUGGGUGAGAGAGCUAGAGAUGUGACAGCAGAGAGUGGAGACAGAGUAAUGCGCUUCCACUUAUAUGAAAAUUUUACAUUAUAAAUAGGCUGCUUUGCUUAUGUUUGGCAUUCUUUGUUCUAUUUUCUAGAUUUAGCUAUGUGGUUAGCAAAUUGCACACGUUUAUACAAGGCUUGUUGGUUCAAGACAUUUCUCAUGGUACACUGAUACACACACGCAUAUAUUUGUGUGUGUGUGUGUGUUUGUGUGUGUGGCAGUAAAAGAGGUGAAUGAAGAGGAAUCUUCAAUUGUUUUCUGUCGGUGUUUUUAUGGGAAUGUGGAUCUUUCAGAUUAAUUUGAGGAGUGCCUAUGGUUUGCAUUUUCCACAUUUUAUUGUAAGUGUGUCAUGCAGUGUGGGACUCGCACUGGUCUGGUCUUGACUCGGUCUCACCCUGCCUUGGUCUUGGUCUUGACUUGUUCUCAACCCCUCAAAGUCUUGGUCUUGUCUCGAUACACACACUGGUUUUGUCUUGACUUGGUCUCUGUUUAGGUGGUCUUGACUACAACACUGCCCCUAACUUCUCAAAAUAAUAUCAAAUGUUCAUCUUAAAGGAACCCUAAAAAGUGUUGCGACUUUCUGUAGCAUCCGUUAAAGGUUGUUAUACAGCCUUGGCCCCCAGUACUGUUAAUACUGGUUAAAUGUUUCUGUGGCUGCUGCUGUAAUCUCUAGUACUGUAAUAGUCAUAUUGUCUUUCAGACAAUGAUCUGACUGUAUACAGGGUAACUGCAAGCCUGUGAAAAUUGAAUUAGUUUUCAUGAUCUAGCUUAAAACACAUUGGAUGUGCACUAAAGCCUUUGGCUGCAAAAUGUCCUCCUUCCACCCCUGUGGUUUCCUGGCGUGCGGUCGUGAUGUAUGACUAUAGGGACCUCUAGUGUUCUAAGUGCAGAAUGCAACGGCAUUCAAAGCAAUGCUCAAAGGCAAUACCAUAAGAUGGUUACUGUUAAACAACAAAAGAUGGAAGAUUCGAAUGACUGAAGCGUUUUUGGAUUUAACAUGAGGCUUCUGAUGAGCUCUCAUAAGAGUAUACAGAUUUAAAAAAAAUUAAUAUUUUGGAAUAAUGGUAUUGGGCAUUAUGUUAGAAAAAUGUAUUUAAAGCAUGUGUGUGUGAGUUUUGAAUGGGUUUUGAGAGAGUGUGCCAGAGAAUGUGUUCCUCUUACUCCAUUUUAUAAAAUGCUGAAUUAUAUAUAUAUAUAUAUAUAUAUAUAUAUAUAUAUAUAUUUUUUUUUUUUUUUUUUUUUUUCUCAACUACAUGAACUUUUAUAUGGAUAUAUAAAUUUUACCCAUCCACAAAUUUUACCCAUCCAACUUCCUUAAACUUGAUACAUUUAACUUCAAUAAACUGUAAAGCAGGUAUUUUGAUUCCAGAUAACCAUUUAAUAGUUUGUGCCAAAAUAGCAUAGUUACUAUCCUUAUUGUUACUACAAUAAUUGUGGUAAUUUGGUAUUAACCACUGUUUAAAAAAAGAAAAAGAAAAGAAAUGAGCAUUUGUAGAAAGAUUCUGAAAGUGUUGUAAAAGGAAGUAGACCCCAUAGUAAUUUAUUAUGGUUUUAUAACAAUAAUAAUAGUAACUAUGAUAUUUUGGUGGAAACUAUGGUUAGCGUGGUAUGUUUUUGUAAGGGUAGUCUGGAAUCCAAAUACCUUUCACAGGUUAGAGGUUAAGACUAAACCUGACUGAAUACCUAAAGGCUUUUAAUGGCCUUUAUCACAUCUGAAAGUGUAGCUACUUGUGGGGAAAAAUUUCAUUUUUUUUUUCACCAAAUUUGUUUAGUUUCCAUUGAAACUUGUUCUUGGCAGAUUGGCUGUUGAGCUUAUGUUACCUUUAUCUAUUUGUUCUAUAUUGUAGAGUCAUUUUAAUAACUGGUUUAUGUUGCUCAAUCAUACUUGUUAAAUAUUUUGUGUUAUAACAGUGGACCAUUUUGGUAUUUUAUUGCAUCAAUGUGUUAGCUCUUCUGGAUGCUGCGAUCAGGGUUUGGAGGGUUACUUUUGAAAUGUAUUCCACUACAGAUUACGGAAUGCCUGCUAUAAAAUGUUAUUUGUAAUGUAUUCCGUUUGAUUACUCAAGGUCAGUAACGUAUUCUAAAUACUUUGGAUUACUUCUUCAGCACUGGUUGAUUUUUUCUCGUUUUGACUAUAAAAACUCUGGCAGUAAGACAAAAUAUGUUUUCUGAAAAACCUAAAUAUCAUAUGCAGUGUUGUUUCUAAAACAAGAUUAAUCUAAUUGAUCUUGUUUUAAGGAUUUUUAGAUAAUUUUACAGGAAAACAAUACAAAAAUUAUCAUCAAGAAUAUGAUUUGUGUCCUAAUAUCAAAGGUCUUACUAGAAAAAAAGAAAUUAUGAUCCAACAUGAAUUUUCUUGAUAAAAAAUAUGAUCGUGCCUGGUAACGAUGUGCAUGUAAAAUGGCUAGAAAUAGCAUUUUAGCUUAGUGUAAAGCUGACAAUUUACACAAGGUUUAUUUCUGUUUCUUCUGCUCCAAACGUACUUCAAACUUCUCUAUCUGCUCGUAUGAAUGUAACACAUCAUAAGAAAGUGUUUCACUGCUGUUCAAAUGCACUUUGGAUCACAUCAUUUAUAUGUAUAAAUGUUUUCCAUCUGAAAGGACUAAAUAUUAAAUGAAACAAAUGACAAUAAAAUGCAAAGUAAUCUCUUCAGUAAUCUAAAUACUUUUUUGAAUGUAACUGUAUCGUAAUUACCAAUGAUUUAAAUUGUAACUGUAGUGGAAUACAGUUACUUAUAUUUUGUAUUUUAAAUACGUAAGCCCGUUACAUGUAUUCUGUUACUCCCGAACACUGGCUGCGAUUCAGCUUCUUUUUUUUCCAACCAUUUUUGCAAAUUACUUUUUUUUUUAAAACAGUGUAACCUAAAUGUAGUCAUAUAACUGGAGAGCCAAAUAGAAACCAUUAUUAUAGAACCAUAUUUUUGUAUAGCUUUACUAUUAUAUUUGUGUUUCACAAUCAAAUGAAAUGCUUUUGCUUAUAUGAAACAUGCAUGUAAAAUGUAGCAUUUAAAAGCGUUCAAUGGAGUAUUUGCUCCCAGGCUUUAUUUACAUUUGGCAAAGUUUUGAUUCACUUUGGAGAUGGAUGUCUCCAUGUUGAACAGUGCCUGAAGUUUAAAAUGUACCUCAAAGAUGGCUGGUAGAUAUCAACACAGGCCAUGCCACAUGCUUUUGAGAUACACUAUUUGUAGUGUUAGAUAUGUUGGUUUUUCAGUGUGUGUGUAUGUAUGUGUAUAUAUAUAUAUAUAUAUAUAUAUAUAUAUAUAUAUAU